GCUUUCGUAGCACAGCUAAGGAAAAGGGGGAAAAAAUGGCGGACUGCGUUGUUUGGCGACCCCCGUGAAAUGGUUGUUCGGCCCCAAAUGGGGUCCCGACCCACAGGUGGAGAACCACUGCUGCAAAGCUAAGGCUCAAGGGGACGUAUUUCCCCAGGCAUCUGAUGCACAGCUCAGUGGCCCUGCCCGUCCUCAGUGCUCGCUCAGGCCCUUGGUUUUGUGCUCCCGCCGUUCAAGCUGAGCAACAAUCCAGAGGCUCCAGCUUUGCAGUAAUGCUGACUACAGAGCUCCUGUGUCAGCCGUGACCUCUGGGGAGGAAGAGGACCGGUUUCCCAGGAGUGGCCUUAAUAGAGACAUCUUCAGUGGGAGAGGGGCCUCUACAGAGGCUCAGCCGUUGCCAUUGGAAUUUGGGGCAGACACUCUCCAAGCCAAGAGGGAGGAACAAACUCCUGCGGAUGGGACCACAGAGGCUGCAUUGCAGUGCAAGGCUGUGUGUGCGUGCGUGUGCGUGCCUGAGGUUGGAAAAACCCUUGUCCUGACCCUUCCCUUAGUCCUCAUUUGAAUACAGGCCUCAGCCCCGUAGUGGAAACUCGGUGUUUCUCUUCAGGGGCUACUUGUGGCGGUGCACCUCGGGAGCUGGCAGGACGUUUCUCCAGAGACACCCGGCGGCUGCCAUGUGCCCGAAUCUCAGCCUGGUUCCAGCUAUACAGUCUUUUUUUGGCUCUCUCCUCACCCCCACCGCCUCCAGGGCUUGGGCUGCCCCCACCCAGGGAUGCCAGCUGCAGAGGAACAGCCAGGGGUGUGAACCAGCUCCUGCUCCACAUCUUUGGGGAAAGGAAAGGGCUGCUUGAGACCUCCGGAGCGACCUGCCCACCUUCUCCAGAACAUCCACCUUGAGAGGAAGUGCUGGAUGACGAUGGCCUGAAAGGGGAUCCCCAAACUCCACGCUGCUCAGAAGAAGAACUCGAGGUUCACCACUAGCCGCAGCACUGAGGAAAACGCAGGGUGCCCACACAGGAGGCUGGCCGAGGCGCUGUCCAGAGAAGAGCUAGGAUCGAUCACGCACUGCCUCCGCCCGCUGCUCUCUCUGAUGUUCUGGAAAGAGGCAGGUGCAGGACCAGGUGUGGGGAAGGCCUUCCUUGCAAUCGGGGUCUUUUCCAGAGGCCAGGAGUGGUGAGGGUGAGAGGCUUCCCUCCAAGGCUGUAUGGAUUGGAGUGGGGGACCCCCUUCCUUGCCAAGGCUGCCACACCUCCCGGGCAGAGGCUUCCUCCUAAAAACUCUCUUCCUCCUCCUGUGCUGCAGAUACGUGCAAGCCCGCUGCAGGAUCCUGCGCUGCAACUCGGAGUAUGUGGCCUCCACCCUCCCCCUGCGGGGUCCUGGCAGGAGGGCAGCCCACUGCCUGGCCUUGCGCGCCUAUGCCCGCUGCACCCGCCACACAGCCCGCGCCUGCCGCGGGGACCUGGCCUUCCACCUGGCCGUCCAUGGCAUUGAGGACCUCAUGGCCCAGCACAACGGCUCCAAGGAGGGGCCCAGCCCGGCGCCCCGUCCCCCCCGUCCCCCCGGGGCUGGGUCCCCAGACUUCUGUGACUAUGAGAAGGCCUUUGCCCACAAGCGCGGCAGACCACCCGCCUAUCAGCACUGCGCUUCCUUCGGGGACCCCCACGUCCGGACCUUCGCGGACGAAUUCCACACCUGCCGUGUGGAGGGCUCCUGGCCACUGCUUGACAACCACUACUUAUUUGCCCAAGCCACCAACUCCCCCGUGGCCAAAGGAUCGAAUGCUACAGCCAUGAGCAAGAUCACCAUCAUCUUCAAGAACAUGAAGGAGUGCGUUGACCAGAAAGUCUACCAAGCCGAGACGGACAACCUCCCAGCGGCAUUUGUGGAUGGCUCUGUGAACGGGGGGGAGCGGCCUGGUGGGGACAGCCUCAGCAUCCUCGAGCGGGCUCCUGGGCAGCAUGUGGAGAUCCGGGCGGCCUACAUUGGCACCAUUAUUGCGGUACGCCGGACAGGGAAGCAGCUGUCCUUCUCCAUCCGUGUGGCUGAGGAGGUGGCCAGCUCCUUCACCGAGGAGCAGGACUUGCAGCUGUGUGUGGGCGGCUGUCCUCCCAGCCAGCGCAUCUCCCGGCAGCAUGGCUGCUGCAGCCACGGCACCAUCACGGCCGAGAAGGCCCACCGGCUGUGCAAGGAGAAGCUGCCGGUGGAGGACGUCUACUUCCACUCGUGUGUCUUCGAUGUGGUGGCCUCGGGCGACAGCGACUUCACCCUUGCGGCACGUGGCGCCUUGGAGGAUGCUAGGCUCUUCCAUCCAGAUGCCAAGAAGCUUCACCUUUUCCAGCGUGACGCUGCCCGCCAGGCCACCGCCAGCUCCUUCCUCUGCCUCACCCUGGCAGCGAUGCUGAUGCUUGCCUGGGAGAUCUGAACUCUGCCAGCAUUGGCAGCACCUGGAGUGUCCUCCUCCUGAGGCUCCAGAUACGGAGGCAGGGGGGCUCCCUGGGGGUUGCAGAGCCCGAACCCGCCGCUCAGAGCGGUCCUGCUGGGCAAUUCCUGUGGCAACUGAGACUGCUGGGCGGCUGGUGAUGUCCGUGGGUUUUUUAAAAAAAGAAUGCUUAAUAUGUGAAGUGGGAGACUUUGAAGAGAAGGGCUUGAUGCAGCCUCUGCUGUCUGCUGCAAAUGUUUUUCCCUGGAGGCAGAGAGAGGAAGCCUGGAAAGACGGGCCAGCUCCUUUCCCCCUAGCCCUCCGGGUGGGGGGCAGCAUCGGAAAACGUGUCCAGGCUCAGGCUUUCUUCCGUCACCAGGGCUUUUGGCCCCUGGUGGGGGGGGGGCUGAAGUGAGAACAAAGGACUGAAAUUCAACUGGGGCCUUUACCUGCACGUGAGAAUGCAGUCAGGGAGACCAGUCGCCCUUAGCCAGCCACCACCCCCACUCUGGCCUGGGCAGCUUCCCCUGCUGAGCGGCUUUUCCAUUCUCACGCUGCAGAGCUCGGUUAAUCUGCCACUCAUGCUCAGCAUCUAUUUCUGCAGAACCCCCCCCCCCAGGCCCUGUCAUUUGUUUCUCAUGCAGCUUUGCUGCUUCUCAACAGGUGAAGCUCAAAAUAACAGAGCGGCCUUCCCCCAGCAUUGCAGAGACCUAGCCUGGUGUGUGUGUGUGUGUGUGUUUGGGUGGGGGGGGAGUCACACUGAUCCUGCCCCCUCCCAGUCCCUGGCUGGGGCCGGACUGUUCCGCCCUCUUGUGGCAACUGACUGCAUCUGGCUGGAAGGAUGGAUUCAGUGAAGUCUUGGGGAGAGCAGGCCGAGGAAGUUCAGGAUUCCCAGCCUCCUCCCAAGAACAUGCAGGCCCCCCCUACCUCCCAUCUGGCUCCUGGGAAGGGGCUUCUUCAGAAAGAGCAGCUGUGCCUCCGGCUGCCACUUGAGGUCACCCAACACUAAAAUUUGCUGCUGGGAUUUUGCUCAAGCUGGCCCCAGCUUCCUCUCUGCUUUGGGUCCAGAUUGGGAGAAGGAAGGCCGUUGGCUUGCUCAUUCCCAGACAGCCGUUUUCAAACCUUUGGGGUGAGUAUGGAUGCCAUCAAAUGCACUGGAGGGAGACUUGACAUUUCCUCCGGCACCACAUCCAGUCUUCUAUCAGCUGCAAUUCCUGCAUUAAAUGGUGAGGUGGGAUGUCUUUGCUUUGAUUGUUAGUUCUGUAGAAAGUGGACUAUGCACAGAAUAAUGUCCCUUCAGGAGAUGGAUGUUUGUAUCUGGUUGUGGUCUGAGAAAGCAGAGUCACAACCUAGGAUUGCCUGAGUAAACAACCUUGGUAGAGUUACUAAUAUGUCUAAAGAAAAUACGCAUUAAGUACCUUUUCCAUUUUGUUCUUCUCCUCUCCCCCUCCUGUUGCCUUUGGCUGUCCGAUCUUCUAUGAAAAGAGAGAAAAUAUCUUACUAGCGGUUCUAUGCAUCCUUCCCAGAAUAUUUGCAUUGGUAUAGUUAUCCAAAUGCAACUGAGGAAUAAAACUAUAAUAAAUAAA